AUGGCAUACCAAGAUGAUGGCACUAACACUGCUGAUCACGACGAUGCGCUAGCACAAGCUAUGGAUGAAGAGUUCGAGGAAGCAAGAGAUGGCAACACGUCUGUUUCACCUGAAGAUGAGAGAAGUCAACGCCUGUUUCCGGACAGCGAGCCGCUAGAUCCACCGUAUGGUUUGCGAGCGACUGGGGCAUCUUUAGAGUUUGGUCUGGAUGCUGCAGCACUUGGGUUGCUGGAUGGGGGCUCGGGUAGCUCAACAGAACAGACGGCAACAAGACACUUCAGUCCUCAGAGUGAUCAUGAGUUGAUUCCAGCCACAGAAGAGCCACGAUCAGUGGCCGCAGGCAGGAUGCCUCAAGUUACGGCGCCGCCACCAGCGGUGACGAAUGAUCUCAUGGGACAGUUGAGUGCUAUGCUACAGCAGACGCUGCAGAGCCAUGUGGCUCCUGCUCUAGAUCGUAUGAUGAUGAGUCAGGCUGCGGUCAUGUCCCGACUGGACAGGUUGGAGAGUGAGAGAGACUCCCAAGUGCCGUUGACGGCGCAAGGUGAGCAUGUAUUGGCCAUGCUUCAGUCGUUGGAGGUGGGCUCCAAGCCAAGUGCUAGUGGGGCUAAUGCAGAUGCAGCGUUGAAGCAACCCACUACCGUUCCAGCGGGUGUUUUGCCUGAGUCAGCGGUUGGGGUUCAGGAUACUCGUUUGCAUCAUGCGCGGGAUUUGGCAUCCAAGGGCAAUGGUUCCGCUCACGUUGAGGCCCCAACGCAUCAAAACAAGGGUGUGACGGUGGUGGAGGGCGGUGAGGCUUCAGGGAUCAGGGGUUUCGGAUUGGAUCCCUCGCCGGGAAUCGGCGAGAAGCCGGAGGAGCCUACCAAAACCUCGCUGGAGCUUCCUAAAUUGGACAAGUACAACCCAUCCACAUCAGCCAUCGUAGCAGGGGAUUGGCUUAUCUCGUUGACGCCAGUGAUUACUUCGCUGUCCGCUUCUGCUUGGGUGUUUUGGGAGGAUUGUGUAAGCACGGCCAAGCUGUUCUAUGGCCGAUGGUUAUCCUCUUCCCCACUGGAGAGACUACAUAUCCAGGCGGAGGUCUUGGUAAACAGGUACCGCGAUGGAAAGUUCUCGAGGGUUGAUCAACGGGCGGUCAGUUUGUUGUUGGCUGCAGUGGGUAAUGAGCUGAAGGAUGAUCUGAUCUCUCUUCGCUUGCUGGGUACAUGCGCUAUUGUGUUCAAGGUUAUGGCGAAAUAUCAACCGGGAGGAGCUGCAGAGAAACAGCAACUUCUGUCGUUUCUAGUCACCCCUGAAAACGUCACCACAAGCGCUGCAUCAGUUAAAGCACUGCGGAAAUGGCGUCGUUGGUUAGCCCGUGCUCGUGAACUCCAGGUAAUCGUUCCUGACCCUAGCCUUCAGCUCAAGGGUCUUGAAAGGCUCGCCCCGACAUUGUCCGCUCCAACUCAACAGACGGUUUUGCAGUUUUCAGAGCUCCUGCUUGCAGAGGCCGAGGAGGCGGUGUUGUCAGAAGCUGCAGACAAGGGUGGAGCGAGGCAGACGGUAGCUAAGGCGGAUGAGGUGCCAGGAAAGGGAGGAAAGGUUGGGAAGGAAGGAAAGGGUGCAUCAAAGGGGGCUGCCAAGGUGGAUGGUGGAAAGCAACUUUGUCGGCUCUGGAGAACCGAUGACGGGUGUAGGUAUGGGAAGUCUUGUACGUUUGCGCAUGAUGCCCUCACCCCUGCCGAUAAGAGGUGUUUCAACUGCAGUAGCACAAAGCACCGAAAGCCAGAUUGUCCGUUCCCGCGUGCGCAAGCCGAGCCCGGUGGGAAGCCAGGGAAAGGUAGCCAAAAGGGGAAAUCAGGGGAUGAGGUUAUGAAGGCUCAGGAUAAGGGGGCUAGUGAAACCGACAAGUCGGCUCGUGACGAGCUGAUUGCACGGGCCAACGCAGUGUUGGAAUCUAUCCAAACCUCAAUCAAGGCCUUGCAGCUAGGUUCGAAAUACCCGCCGAAGCCAGGUCCCCGCGAUGAAACAGGUCUGAUAGACUCCGGUGCCACAACAUGCAUGCGCAUGCGUAGGGAAGAUGAGCAGCCAGUUGGAGAGAAGACGGUUUCGCUCGCGCAGGGAGAAGUUCAGAUGGGAUUCAGUGCCGGGGGAGUUUUACUUGCUAACGAAGAAGUUGAACCCAUCGUUUCACUCCGACAGCUCAUCACCAUCGGCUUUCGUCUGGUUUGGUCCAAGAGGGCAUGUCAACUGUUCGAUGAAGAGGGUUACUCGGUUCCUUUGUCCACGGCUUCCGGCUGUCCGAGGGUGUGUAAGGCUGUAGCGCAAAACCUGAUUGACCGCAUCGAAACUUUCAACCUUCACGGGUAUGGUGAAGAUCAGCUUGCUAUGAUGCGUGAUGCUGAUGCGGUGUCCUGGGAGGCAGUCAUGUGUAAAGUAGCCGAGAGUGUGAGAGAAGGUAGGCAUGAGUUUGACGCUGUAGCCGCGAAGCAUGGGGCUAAGGUUGUAGCCAUAGACUCCACUGAAGACCUUAACGAUCCGGCUACGUACACUUACUUGCUGAAGCAGGCGCUCGCUGGUAAGGAUGAAGGACCACCAGUGGUUCGGGCGCGGUAUGGGGUUGAAAGGUUUGGAUUGGAGAACCUCUCCCAUCAAGAGCGUGAGAAGGUUGACUAUGACGACCAGCUCAUGCUCAGAAGCUUUAUUCUGGGUGUUGCCUCAAAGUGGGGACCUUUUAAGCGCGGUACUCAUGAGGGUGCGAAGGCAAGCUACUUCCUUGCGGCAGUUUUCUCCGUACCUAGGGCGCCAGAGCUAAACGGGUCUAGAGUGGAUAAGCCUGAGGCAGAUGUAGCAGCUGUUCCGGGGGAGCCAGGGGAGUGGGAGAAUGCGGAUGACGACGAUCGUGAUGACGAUGAUGGUGGAGGCGUGGGCCCUAUUGAGCUUGAUGACGCCCCGGUGGAGCCAGAGCCACAACCGCUAGAACAGCUAGAGCUAGUUCACUUGCCGUUCGUCGUACCGCUACCCUCAAAAGGGGCAAGGGACGUGAUGAAUGGAAUCAAGGGAGGUGACCGGUUCAAGGCCAAUCCUUUUGCCGAGAACCUCAUCGGCAUCCUGAAGGGGUUCUCCAAGGAUCCGAUGAAACAGCUUCAGAGUGUCAUGAUGUUUGCGCUCCGAGGGCUCACAAAUCAGCUGAAAGCCGGUGAUAUUGUUGAUGUCCCAGCUAUGUAUGCUAGAUACGGUGAUGAGGGAAGUUCGCUGCUGCGGGUGAAAGUCGUCGGCGAGAUGAGGGUCGUAGUGAUGCUCAGUGUCGAGAUGAGGGUCGUAGUGAUGCUCAGUGUUGUGAUGAGGGUCGUGGUGAGGGUCGUGGUGAUUCUCCGUGUUUUGAUGGCCGUCGUGGUGACUCUUCGUGUGAUCGUGAUGACACCAGAGAGUCUCGUUGAGGGUCCAGUGGUUUCGAGUGGUACAAGUGGGUUUUCCGGCAGCGCUGGGUGGGAGGAUGUGAGCUGUGACCCACUUGGGAUGGGUGCGCGGGUGGGGCAUAAGGGUGGUCUAAACGCUCUGAAUGCCGAUUUUUCCGAGGAUUGCGAGUUUGUGGACGUGUCCGUGACGAGUAAUCUUCUGUUUUGUGAGCCUACUUGUGUCGAGUGGGAGAGCAUUGUAGGUCGAGCUUCGGAUCGUGAGGUUGGACCUGAUGAUCAUGAUAGCUCGGGUGAAACUUGGGUUGGGGUCGGUGAGGCCUCUGAGUCUUUUGACCCUGAUGGGCAGCAGAUCGCCCUCAAGGCGUUGCUGAGUCGGGAGUGUAAGCUCCAAGAUCGGAGUGGGGUAGCCGGGGAUAGUGACCGUGAGGGUUAUAUUCAUGGGCUGUCUUCCACGAUCAAGCGUUUAGAAGAGAGGUGUUGCAAGGCCGAUGACGGUGUCGAGUAUUCCACGCUCCCCGAUGCGGAAGUGCUAACUACUCACACUGUUCCGUUGGAAGAAGUUGAGAGGCAUUACAGUUUGUGGUCCGCGGCAGUCCAGGCAGAACUUGAUUCGUUGGUUCAUGAAAAGCAGGCGGUAAGGGUGAUCACCAGCGCUGAAAUGCAAGCAAUGCAAGAAAAGGGAACAUGCGUGACCAUUAUUCCUAGCAAGAUGGUGUUUACCCGAAAGGCUGGUGGGCGCCAUAAGGCACGGUUGGUAGCCUGUGGAAAUCAUCUAGAUGGGCAGGGCCAGGCUAAGGGUAAGCAGUCACCAUCCAAGGCGAACCUGUAUGCUGGAGGAAUCGACCCUUCAGUGAUGCGCCAAGCGGCAUCGAUUGCGGUUAAGAGAGCCUGGAAGGGGGGAGCUACAGAUAUCACUACAGCGUUUUUGAACGCCGAGCUGCUUGAUCGAGUGAAUCCUCGUUCCUCCCCGCCUCCUUUGUCCUUGGAUGUCCCAACUGAGGUGAUUGUAUUGAAGAUUCCGAGCAUUGUGCAUAGACAUGGACAUGUUGAUCGAUCAUGCUUCAUGCUGGUGUGUAAGGCACUGUAUGGGUUGGAUCAAUCCCCAAGAGACUGGUCUAUCAAGAGGGACAGUGAGAUUGAGGGCAUGUCAUGCCAAGUCGAUGGGGUCACAUGCAUGUUUGAGCAGAGUUUGGUCGACUCUAAUUUGUGGUACCUUCGGAGAGUGCCUAAAGAUGGAGAGAGCCACAGUUGGAGAGAGCCUGUUGCAUGCAUGUUGGUGUAUGUCGAUGAUCUCUUAGCCUUUGGUCCCAGUCCAGUCUUGACGAUGAUAUUCGAGCUGAUCACUUCGCGCUGGAAGUGCGGACCGGUAGAGUGGAUCCCCGAGGACCCCACUAAACCCCCACUCAAGUUCUUUGGUUUUGAGCUGCGCUGGGAUGGUAAGGAUCUGUUGCUUGGCCAACAAGACUUCAUUCGGGAUGUGGCGACUAGGUACCCCGAGGCAACUGCCUCGUGCGUUCCUGCUACCCCGGGACCCUUGGAUGUAGAGGAUGCUUCCGAGCGUAGGCCCGAAGAUGUUUCUGCUUGCCAAACGGCGCUGGGCGAAAUCUUAUGGGUUGCAGGGCGCACUCGGCCAGACAUUAUUUUCGCUGUUUCCCGCCUUGCACAGACCAUGUCAAGGGACCCCGCUACGGUGAGAAAGAGAGUCAUGCAGCUCAUUGGUUACCUUGUCUACACGCAGGACCUUUGCCUCCGAUAUCGGGCUACGUAUUCUUGUCAGGGUGAACCAGGCGCUACUGCCACCCCGAACGCUGAAGGUGUGAUCGAGGCCAUGACAGACAGUGCAUUCGCGCCUGUAUGUGAGCGAUCGCAAGAGUCAACUUUGGUUUACACUCAAGGGUCUCUGACGGGGUGGAACACUGGUAGACAACCGUUCACUGCUGCGUCGACCGCGGAGUCAGAACUCUUGAGUUUGAUGACCGGAUUCAGCUUCGGUAGGGCCCAAACUUACGUCCUUCAGGAGUUUAUGGGUAAGGUGCCACGGUUGGUCGUGUUGAACGACAACAUGGCUUCAAUCUCUAUUGUAAAUGGCGACUCCAACGGGUGGAGAAGUAGGCACCUGAGAAUUCGAGCACAUGUGCUGAGAGAACAGGCCAAGCAAGGACAUGUCGUCGUGGGGCACAUAGAGGGGGCGAAAAACAUCGCCGAUGCAGGAACCAAGGCCUUGCCGUAUCCUCGUUUGAAGCUCUUGCGGGACGGUAUGGGUUUAGAUGCAGUUAGGAAUGUUCAUGAUGCGCGCCCAAAAGGAGCUACGAAGGUCAUUGAUCCAGCUUCCGCAGCCAAGAUUCAGGCCGUUGUGCUUACAUUGGCAGCCGUCACGGCAGAGGCUCAGCAAUCGCCAGAUGAACCAGAAGGUCACAGCCAUGAGCUAUGGUUUUUGAUGUUUCUGGUAUGCUGUACGUCUAUUGCUCUUUGGGAAGGUCUGAAGUGGGCAUGUCGUUGGUGUUGUAGGCGACGCAGAGUACAGAGGAGAGAGGUUGAGCGACAUGAACCAGAAGAGGAGCAUAGCUCAGACGGGGAAAAUCAGCCUGAUGAUGAGGACGAACUUCAGGAGUUCUCGCCUCAGGCAGCGGACAGAGUAGAGGACAAUGAUGUAGCUCGUGAGCUUACUGUGCCUCUUGAGGGGACGGUCGUUCGUUACGUUGACGAUGUGAUGUAUGUUGGCCCCCCUCCAGAAGAAGAAGAAGAGAGGUUGAGAAGAAGAAGACAGGGACAGAGAGUCUACCAUGAUGAGCCGGACUUUGAGCCAGCUGCUGUUGAAGCCUCCGGCCUACCGCCUUGGAAUGUUCAAAACCGGGUUCGUCAGGCUCUUGAGGCUCAACGAGACGCGAGGGGUUCGAAUGAAGGCCCAAACUGGAUGCCAAAUCAGUUUGUGAAUUACCCGGUCAUUCGGCUGCGUGCCGAUUGGCCUGCAUCAGAAAACCAACCUCCACUGGCAUACUUGGCUGCUUACCAGUCCGCUUGGGGUGGGUUAGCUUCAGCGCUGCAUCAGCUGCGGCCCAAUGAUGCUUACACGCGGGACGAGUACACAAGGCAUGACGCGAGACAGAAUGUGUUGAUUCGUUGGCACUUCGGAUGGCGUGUUAUGCUGUUUGAUCCCAAUCGCACUACAAGUCCGGUUGCUAUGAGCAGACUCACAGGAAGGAGACGUACGGUGAUCACAUACAGUGAUGGUACAGAGGAGCUGCUGGACGACAAUUUCCGGAUUGACAGUGCGAGAAGGAUGAUGGAUCAACAGUGGGUACGAAGAACCGAGCUCGAGAUCCGCGAGGGGACAUGA